UCAAUUUGGUUGUCUAAUUACUUUAUAAUUGUCAAAUAAAGAGGAAAUUAUGGAAUUUUUUGCCCCGCCGCUGAUUUCAAAAGUUGUGGUGGUGGUGGGUCAAAAUGAAACGUUUCGAUAGUCCCACAACUAGUUAGAAGCAAAGGUCAAGCAUAUUAAUAUUACUGGAACGCUUCAACUUCGCACUCAACAAACAUUUUUUCCUCGCUAGCGCCUGGGUAUUUUCCGAUUUAUUUAAGUAGUAUCGAGCGAAACGUUGAACGAGUAACUCGAAAUGAUGGCUCAAGUGCAAGUAAAAGAGGAAAAAACCAUUCCUAACGCGGUCAAAUUUGUAAUGGGGGGAUCAGCUGGAAUGGCUGCGACAUUAGUGGUGCAACCGCUAGAUUUAGUUAAAAACCGUAUGCAACUCAGUGGAUCUGGUGGAUCGAAAGCCUACAAAACCUCGUUUCAUUGCAUACAAGAUAUCAUAGGCAAAGAAGGAGUUUUUGCCCUUUACAACGGUAUCUCAGCCGGUUUACUUAGACAGGCUACGUACACUACAACCCGUUUGGGAAUUUACACUUGGUUAUUCGAGAUGUGCUCAACUGGGGAUAAACCCCCAGGUUUUUUUACAAAAGCCGGUUUGGGAAUGGCCGCAGGAAUUGCGGGGGCUUUUGUAGGAACUCCCGCUGAAGUUGCUUUAAUUCGAAUGACAUCUGAUGGCCGUUUACCAUUAGCAGAAAGAAGGAAUUAUAAAAAUGUUUUCGAUGCUUUAAUGCGAAUAACACGGGAAGAAGGAAUUUUAACAUUAUGGAGAGGAGCUAUCCCCACUAUGGGGAGAGCCAUGGUUGUUAACGCUGCCCAAUUAGCUAGUUAUUCUCAAGCGAAACAAUUACUAUUAGGAACUGGCUUUUUCUCCGAUAACGUUGGAUGUCAUUUUGCGGCAUCAAUGAUUUCGGGUUUAGUUACAACAGCUGCUUCAAUGCCUGUUGAUAUUGCUAAAACAAGGAUACAAAACAUGAAAAUGAUUGAUGGAAAACCCGAGUAUACCGGAGCUUUAAAUGUUUUAUCGAGGGUGAUACAACAAGAAGGAUUCUUUGCUCUUUGGAAAGGAUUUACGCCGUAUUUCUUGCGAUUAGGUCCCCACACCGUUUUAACGUUCAUCGUUUUGGAGCAAAUGAAUGCAGCUUAUUACGAGCAUGUCUUGGGGGUUAAGAAAUCCAAGGGUUCCUUAUAAUUAAAUCAAUUUCUAAGUCUAUAAGUUGUAUUUUAUUAAUAAUAGAUUUUACACAACUUGACAAUCAA